AUGGAGUACAACUCUGACAACAUCUUCGCCAAAAUCAUCCGCAAAGAAGUAACGAUCCCUGCUCAUGUAAUCUUCGAAACGGACGUUUCCAUCGCCAUAUUGGAUGCAUUCCCGGCCACUGCGGGCCACUCGUUGCUGAUUCCGAAAUGCGAAGCUGUCACACUCGCCGACCUAGCAACCCAGGAUCACCUAUUCUGCGGGAACCUCAUGCAAGACCUCGCACGCCUUAACAAAAUUGUCUCCAGUUUCAGAAAGACAACGGCCGUUAACACCGUCGUGAACUCGCUUCCCGACUCGGGGCAACUCGUUCCCCACCUGCACUUCCAUGUCCUUCCAAGGUCCGCCGGGGACAAUCUGCUCCGACACCCAAAAAGCGCCGCGUCGAUGAUUAGCCCUGAGGAAGCAAAAUCAGUUCUCGGCGAUAUGAAAUCAACCUAA